UUACGCGACUCUGAAUGAAUUUUGAGAAAAUAGCGUCAUUUUUCCUUAUCCAAGGAGUAAUGUAUUGGUGCUUAGACCAUUGCUUAUCUUUUUUUGAUACUCGUCGAUUUUUCUGUUUUAUUCUUUUUUCCUGCCGAAAUAGAUUUAUUUUGGUGGUUCGAUCAUUUAAUAUUAGAAAGCAUCUCUUGUGACACCCUUUGUCGUUGUUUAAUGGUUGUUCAGGGUGCUGAACUUGCUGCACAGGAAGGAAAGAGUGCAGCAGCUUUGGCAGCUUGUAGGACAUUGGCUGAAGAGCUGACCGAGUUGCGGUUUCCAGCUCCUAGGAUUCUUGCUUUUAAGGAGGGGAGCUCUCAAGCUCGAUAUUUUGUCUCUCGUUUGAUACCAGCACAUAAAGAUCCUCCUUAUGAACAGGAGGCAAGAUUCCCUCAGCUACGAACAUUGAAUGCAGAACAGAGGACAAAGCUGAAAAGUAGUUUUAUUCACUUUGAUGAUCCUAGUUUUUGCGAGUGGAUGCGCACUUUGAAAGUAUCGCCCCCAGAACCAAGAUGAGAGAGAUGCUUCAUUAGACUUGUUUUUUUGUUGUAGAUGUUUUCUCCGUGCACGACGUUUGUUACGUUUUUGCAUCAUAUCAUUCUCAUACUUGUUUUUCGUUGUACUUGGAUAAUUCAUAUUUUUAUUUUUGUUUUUACGACAUUAUACACAAUUCUUAAAUGAUCGAAAUUGCGGUAAUAAAAGAGGUUGGAUACAUUCAUGAAUGAUCCGGUUCUA